AUGCGUUUCGCUCCCGUCGUUCUGGCACUGCCUGCCAUGGCAGCUGCCCAGCAGCAAGUCCCUCUUCUCGAGCAGGCCAAGGGCUGGCUCAACAACUUCAUCGGCGCCGCUACCUCGAACGUCAACUCUGCCAGCUCAGCAGCUGCUUCAGCUGCAUCUGGUGUCCCCAACCCCGCCUAUGCCGCCGCCGGCAAGGUUCAGCAGCUCACCGUCACCGACUUGACCAAGGAGAACUACCUCCAGGUCAUGAAGCCUGGCGCCGCUACCGCCAGCCCCGGUAUUGAGGAUUGGAUGGUCUACACCACUGGCGGCAACCGUACUUGCUUCGGCAUGUGCAACCGCGCCGACGAAGAGUGGAUCAAGGCUGUUCCUCUCCUCUCCGCCGUCCCCAGCGCUCCUCAACUCGCCCGUCUGGACUGUGAGAAGGAGCCUCAAUUGUGCAACGCUUGGGGUGCCGGUGCUCCCAGUGUCAUCUACAUUCAGCUUCCCCAGCCUCUUCCCGACCAAACCACCCCUGCCACUACCGUCUACUUCCUCCCCUUGAACCGCACCACCGUUUCCGCCCAGGACUUUGUUUCCAUCGCUACCGAGAAGGCCUUCUUCAAGGAGCGCACUCCCUACGAGGGCUUCUUCCACCCCUUCGAUGGCAUUCUUGCCAAGACCGGUCUUGCCAUUCCUUUCGGUUGGGUCGUCUACGGUUUCUCUGUCAUGCCUAGCUGGGCUUUGAUGAUUGGCAUUUCAUUCUUCUCCAGAACUUUCAUGAGCAAGAGAAUGGGUCCCCAGGGUGGUGCUGCCGCCAGACCUGCUGCCCCCGCCGGUCGCACUCAGUAA